GAGAAUCAGAAAGGAGACAAACGUAUAAGAGAUAUCGCAUGUGAGAUUAAAUCACAUAUUGCUGUACGAGUUUGUACGAGUUAGUAGUCGACCGACAACUAUGAACAUCAGUUUUGAAGGAAAACGCAUUCUUGUGACUGGUGCAGGUCAAGGGAUUGGAAGAGAUUUAGCCCUUCGUCUUUCUAAAUAUAAAGGGCAGGUGUUUGCGCUUUCAAAAACGAAAGAACACUUGGAUAGUUUGAUAGCAGUCGAUCCGAAGAUUCAACCUAUCUGCGUCAAUCUUCGUGACUGGGAUGCGACUAAAAAAGCUGUUCAAAGUAUUCUACCAAUCGAUCUACUGGUCAACAAUGCUGCUGUCGCGUGCCUUUCACCGUUCUUGGACAUCACACCCGAAGAAUUUGAUCUAACCUUCGAUGUUAAUGUGAAGGCUGUAUUGAAUGUCUCCCUGGUUGUAGCCAAGAGCAUAAUCGAGCGCAAAAGCGGCGGCAACAUUGUAAAUAUAUCGUCGCAGGCCGCUCAAGCGGCAUUGAAGGAUCACACCAUUUAUUGCUCGUCAAAGGGAGCCCUCCACAUGUUGACAAAGGCAAUGGCCUUGGAAUUGGGUCCACAUAAUAUAAGAGUUAAUAGUGUUGGCCCUACAGUUGUUUUAACAGAAAUGGGAAAAUUAGGUUGGAGUGAUGCGCAGAAAGCACAAAGCAUGAUCAGCAAAAUUCCGCUCGGUCGAUUCGCUGAAAUCGACGAAGUGGUAGAUCCAGUUAUAUAUUUAUUGAGCGAUCGAAGUUCCAUGAUCAACGGUGCUUAUUUACCUAUUGACGGUGGUUUCUUAGCUGGAUAAGAAAUUUAGGAUCAUCCACUUUAAGGAAGGACUAGAAAUGUUUUUUUAUCACCAUUAAUAUAAAUACGUUAAUCCUUUAUUCCUAAAGCUCAAUAUUUAUAAAAAUUAAAGAUCUUAUGUCGACAAUAAUUUUGUUGCGGAUAAAAUGAUUCAUAUGCUUUUACAUAUAAAAGAACUAAUAAAGAUUAUUAUAAUAUAA